AUGGAGGCCAUCGAACCGCGGUCCCCGCAAGACGGAUCCGGCUUCAGCGUGCGCUCUCCCCAACGCGAUCAGCCUCCGCGCAGCCCAUUGAGCCCCAAAAGCACAUUCACCCGCGGAACGAGGUUCGGAGGGUCGCCAAAUUCGGGAACUGGAGGGAAGGAAUCUCAGGGUCCCACUGCGGCAGUGGGAGCUGGAUCUGGGGGGAAAUGGCCCAACAAGACGCGCCCGCCGGGGCCCUCGACAAAACCGAUUGUUCCAGUGACAGAAAGGAUGUUGGAGGAGAGAAACCAGGUCCCCACGCGCCGCAUGAGAGCCAACAGCUCCAUCGACGACAAAUUUGAGAUCGCUCCCGACGGGAGCUCUGCUGGCCGCGAAGGAAGACAGUUCACCGUUGCCAACGUGGGGAACAAUGGCCGGAUAUACUUGAGACCAACUGUCCGCCCCGCCAACCAGAGAUACCCUCAGCCCAGUUUUGUCUUUCCUAUAACGCCACCUGGGACUGCUGGUCUUGAUGCCCUGACCGAGAAACAGAGGGAAGAAAACGGAAUGGGCGGCCACGCCACCGUCUCCUGCAACGGCUGCAACGGCUGCCAGCCCCCCGAGGCGAGCAGCAGUCGCAACUUUUCUGGCCACGCCCCGAGGCCUUCUCAACACCGACGUGCCCACUCCGACUCAACGGCUCAUGACGGCGCCACAAGUCGAAACUCCGAGGCCGAAGGCUUCAAGAUUGUCAUCUCCAAGCCGGGCGAUGAAAAGCGAGCAAAGACGACGGAAGAUUUGGACGCGCCUCAAAUUCCCUUGUUAGACAUUGAGAUUCCAAAUUGGAAAUUGGGCAACCCGCGAUUCACCGCUAGAGGCACUCCAUUCUUCAGAGGGUCGAGCUACGCCCCAACAGAGGAGUUUCCUCGCUCUAGCAACGUUUCUUUCCUGCACCGGUCCCAGGCCGGUGACCUCGCCUCAAAUAUCCCCGACUCAAUAGCGUCCAAGAAGCCCAGUCCGAUCUCGAUUCCUCAAAUACACCUGCCGCCCCUGGAACCCACGAGGUCCGCCGACCCCCUCAGUCCAGCUUCCAUGAGAACGCCCCGGCUGCCCGCCCUCCGCUCUACCUACAUGUCGACCCAUCUGGUCAUCGAACCCGCCAUGUUCGAUGCCCUCACCUUCAAGCCGACAUGCGACGACAGAUCGAUAGUACGGUACUCCCCGUCGACCGGCGCAGUGACGGCUGCAACGCCUCCUCGGCUUGUCGCCGAGUUCACCUCUCCCAGCUUCCUCGAUUACGAACUCAUUUCCGAUUUUUUCCUCACGUACCGAACCUUUCUAGAGGCAGGUGAUCUUGUGAAGCUUCUCAUGGCGCGUCUGCGAUGGGCGCUGGGCCUAAACGACGAGAUUGGAAUGGUUGUACGGGUGCGAACGUUCGUCGCUAUGCGGCAUUGGAUUCUGAACUACUUUAUGGACGAUUUCGUCAUCGAAUACGGUCUGCGCGUAUCGUUUUGCAACCUUCUGAAUGGCAUGUUCGAUGAGAUGUCGACUGAUCCUCGAGGCCGGAAAGUCCAGAUGAAGAUCCUGGCCGAGUUGAAGAAGUGUUGGCGACGAGUCUGCGCUCAGUUCUGGGAUGGCCCCGAAUUCGAUCCUUCUCUUGGGCCGCACGUGCCGAUUGCACCAGGCGGCAUCGCCGGCCAUCGAAAUGCCAGCUUAGACCCGUCGUUCUGGGAGCGGGAGGACGCCGCCCCGCAGAUUGAUGGUCACUUUGCGCCGAUUUUGGAAGACCAAGAACAUACAAGCUUCCGUGCCGAAGUAUCGCGCGCUGGGCAUGUUGGGGACUCCACGGUCAUGGAUGACAGACCCGCUACACCGGAGAACCGCCAUUUCCAGGAAAUCGACAGGCGACACGCAGCCUCCCCAACGAGCAUCGCCAGCAUGGAUAUUAUUUCCUGCUCCUUCCCGGGUAAGACCUCGAAGGGGGCUCAACAUGGUAACAACUACACACUGGGUGCUCAUCCCGUGGCACCCGCCAGUUCGGCGUAUUCCAACGCGGGAGCGGUGGCCACGACACCACGAGCGUUGGUUGGAAAGCGCGUGCGAGCAGGUCAUGGGCACAAGAGAAACGCAAGCUUGGCAGACUCGCUCAGAGAAAAGGACCCUGCCACUGAACAACCAAGCUUUCAAGACGCAGAUUUUCUCAUGUCGUUGCCAUUUGCCGGCAGUCUUGUUCGGGGAAAUCUGAUGCCACCUGGCCAACCCUAUGUUGAUGUCAUGUCCCCCAACGUCGCAGGUGAUUUCCAACGACACACUACAAUAUUCCAGGUGCCCGGAGAACAGAGAAGCGCGUCGGCGAUGUCUGGCCAAGGCAUGAAGAAGCUGAUUGGUAGCGUUCGACGAGCCCUCAGCACGAGAGGGCAGGGUGUCUCGCCAACACAAGGAAACUUCAUCAACAUAUCUCCUAUCGGACCUCGCGGAGCGACGACAAAUCGACUGCCAGGUACCGCAAUUGUUCCCCAAGCCAGGCCACAGCACAACGGAAUCCGCCCCCCUGUGAGGAUAGACCUUUUGGGUGCGGAUAUUGUCGAGGAUUUCAAGAAGGCUGUCCGAGAAGACGCGGCCGCCGACGCCGCUGUCGAAGCCGGACGAAGGGCACACAUGGACCCUGUUGCAAACGCCUUGCGCAAUGCACUUUCGAGGGAAGGGCCCAACUAUUCAGAAGCUCAUGUGGUCUCCUCAUUUGGAAGCGCUUCUGAGACCGACAUUCCGAGGCCCGUGAGUGACAUGGCCAUAACGACGGGCAGCAAGUCAAUUGUCAUCGUCGACGAUACGAUCCCAUUCUCCAUCCCAACAAUGCAUGGGGCCUUACCAGCCAGCGAGUCCAUUGAAGCGUUUGCUGAUACCUUCCUGCCAACUGGUGCGGACCCGACACCACCGAACACUCCUCCCGGCCAUUCGAUGGGCACUCCGAGACGGUCGUCUUUUCUCCUCAAUCAGCACGUCACCAGACCUUCAAUUUCUGCGGAUCCUUUGCCCCCGUUUGUGCCUGACUUAGCAACUUUGGGCAACGAGCAAAGCACGCGCCCGUCCACGGACACUGAUCGCCCUUUCUCCGACUUCGUCGAGGGAACUCCCAGCAGACCUACCCUGACUAGAUCGGCGAGGAAACACUCACGUCAGAAGUCAAGCAGGACUAACCGGUCUCUCGACUCGGCUAUAAUCCGUCGACGUACUGCUUCGUUCGGGAGCACCUUCAAUCCUCGUUCGACUGUCAAGAGUUUUGACGCGACCACGUACACGGGUGGUUCUGUGGCCGACGAAGACGAGCCUAGCCCGGUACCUCCCCCUCUUCGUGUCUUGAGACGGCGGCCAGGCGGCAACCUACGGGCGGUGAACAAUACUGGAGACUUGGAUGCUCUGCCACUGCGUAAGUCGCGGUCUGCAGGCUCUCUCACGACUUACUCGGAGUCGAUGCGAAGUUCUUCUUUGCAAAGCCCCAACCACGAUACCAGCGCUUUUGUGGACGUUGUUUCGAGCGAAUUUUCGCACCGAGCCGACGCAGAUAACUUCUCCCUCGGUGCCAUGGCGGAGCCAUCAACAAAACGACAGGUUUCAUUCUUUAGCACGCACUCGUCCAAACCGAUCAUGCGCCCCUCUUUCGAGGCGGAGGCACAGAAGCUUGCACAAAUCCCCGACGACGAGGAUGGCGGUGGAGUGGAAUCGGCCUUGCUCAAGUUGGAAGGAAAGUAUGAGAAGAAGACCUUCAAACUGUCCAUGGAACCCUCGAACGCCCCGCUCCAGGGCGUAGACGGUCUUACCAAGGCCAAAAAGGUGCCCGAGGCUCAAAAGCAAGGCAAGAAGGAGCAUCGUCAUUUGCAUGUCCUCCCCGGCGAUCCAGUCUUGGUGCAGCAAGACGAAGAGUCCGAAGCCCAUUCCAGCUUCCUCAAUAUCCCCCGAAGACCACGCACUGAGGCGAGCUUCUUGUCGGACAACUCCGCAGGAUCGUACUGCUCUAUACCCCUUCUGGAACGCGACCUAACGGACGAUGGCCGUAGCAAAGCAUCCGCCCCCGAAUGGACCAAUAUGUCUAUACUCCAGGGACCAGAGGACAUCUCACCGGCAGAGACUCCACGACCAAUGUACGAGGGUUCGUUGGACGGUUCCUCCUUCGAGUUCGUCCGAAAGACCGAGAGCAUGGAGAGGAUCACCUCGGACGAUACGAAGGCCCCGCCCAGUGAGCAGUCAUUCCUGGAAGAUGACAGCGAUGGAGAUGACUUCGGCUCGGAGCUUUCCUCUGAGCUCUCGGCAGAGAUGGUCGAACCGGAAGAGUUUGCCAUGAACCAGACACAGCCUUUGCCCAACCGCAAUAAACACCGCAGCGCUUCUAUCCUGGAGUUCGAUCCUCGCCCUCUGAGAGAGUCGACUAUUGGCUCGUCAGACGGCCCUCCUUCGCCACCAAUGACGCUUGUUCAGGCCCUCCAAAUGUCGCCCGAAGCAGUCUUGAUUCCAGCGCUUCACGAAGACCAAGUGUACCAGCAACGAUCUCUGCUGCAGACCCCCGACACCGCUUCGGCGGCCGGAGCCCAAGCUAGGUCGUCAUCUGAUCCUACUGGCACUAAAGAGGCACUGCGCGGACAGCCUAGGUACCUCCAGGCGGAACGUGAAUCGUCGCUGAGAUUCUCUGUCCACCUGCCCUUCACCCUCGCUUUCGACUCGGAGAUCCUGGCGCAGCAAUUCACGCUGAUUGAGAAGGACGCCCUCAACGAGAUCGACUGGAGGGAGCUCAUCGACAUGGGUUGGAAGCACGCAACCAACAACGAUUCGCGAUCAUGGGUAGACUUCCUGCGCAACACAGAUGCCCACGGUGUUGAAGUCGUCAUUGCGCGCUUCAACAUCAUGGUGAAAUGGGCGUGCAGCGAGAUUGUUCUCACCCAGAACAUUGAGGAACGGGCCCGAUGCAUUAUCAAAUUCAUCCACAUCGCCGCCCACUGCCGCCGCUACCGCAACUUUGCUACCAUGAGCCAGAUUACCAUCGCCCUGACUUCUAUAGAGAUAUCUCGACUUACGAACACAUGGGCCAUGGUGCCGCCCUACGAUAUGCAGACUCUACGGGAUCUCGAACAUCUCAUCUCACCCACACGCAACUUUUACAACCUGCGUGCGGAGAUGGAGAGUGGCUCCGAUACGGGUUGUAUUCCUUUCGUAGGCAUCUACACACACGAUCUCCUUUUCAAUGCCCAGCGCCCUUCCGAAAUUGCUAGUUCGCCGACAACCGCACCCCUCGUCAACUUUGAGAGAUGCAGGUACGCUGCCACCAUUGUCAAGACGCUGUUGAGGCUGCUCGAGGCCAGUACGCUGUACCAAUUCCAGCCGGUGGAGGGCAUUACUGAGCGCUGCCUAUGGAUGAGCGCUCUGAGCGACGACGAUAUACGAAUGCACUCUUAUCGCCUCGAGUGA